AUGGCUAGGCCUUCCUCCUCAAUAACAUGGUAUCACCGUUUUCCGAUUAACCUCAUGCCGUUUCUUUUUUACGUGAAAUUUUUCUUUGGGGGGCGCGAAAAACCUCGUCAAGAUCACUGGGGUGGUUACGUGGUGCCAUUGAUCACUUCGAAGACCGACGGGCGUCCCACGACGAUCAAGUGGCUGGGAAGCUCAGACCGGCAUACCUAUGAGUGCCCGAGGGACUCCGGGCAAAGAAACGAUAUGUCUCAAGUCCGAGGAAGUCAGGUUCUAUUUCAGAAGGUCAUCUCUUCGUAUUCUGAGGUGACCACCUCGGACACAUGGAUAAUUUAUUGA